AUGUCACUCGAUACUCAGAAUCAAACUAUAGUUAAUCUAACAGCUCGCUUGUUAGAUGAGGAGGCCAGCUUGAAUGUAGAAGAAGAGAAUGAGACUGCUUUAUUAGUGGCAAAACAAAGUACAAAGAAGAGAAACAUUCCAUUAAUAAAAACACACAAUGAAUUAAAUGAAAAGUCAAAUGAAAAGUCACAUCGCUUCAUAUGUUACAACUGUGGGAAACGUGGUCAUUAUGCAAGAGAUUGUCAAGCCCCUAAACAAAACCAUAAGCAACAAAGCGAAAGGAAUAUGUUAGCUUUCAAUGUAGCAAAUACAGAUUUGAAAAAUAAUGAUGAAGGUUUACGAUGGAUAUUAGACAGCGGUGCCUCAGCUCACAUGUCUUAUAAACGUGAAAACUUUGUUGAAUUGUAUGAGUAUACAGGAUCUCCACUGAAACUAGGAAACCAAGAAGCUUUAGAAGUGAUUGGCCAAGGAAAUAUUUUGAUAGACAAGUGUGUCAAUGGACAGUGGGAGACAAGUAUCUUGAAGAAUGUUCUUUAUGUACCUAAAUUGAGAAGAAACCUAUUCUCCGAAGGAGUAGUGACAAGACAAGGAUAUAAUAUUGUAAAAAAACAUACUGAUGCUUUGAUUUACAAGGACAAUAAAAUAGUGCUAUGUGCAUCUUUACAAAACAACAAUUUAUAUGAGUUAAAAAAUAAAAACAAU